AUGGAGAAUAUCAAUGUUUCUAAUAGAAUUGAAAAACCAAAACCUUUAAAAGUUUAUGGACGUCAUCAUUAUGCUUGUACACGAUGUAAAUUAUCAAAAAUCAAAUGUUCAGGAGAAAAACCAGCUUGUUCCAAUUGUAAGAAUAUAAACAAACCUGAAUUAUGUAAAUAUCCUAAAAAAGAUCGAAAAAUCGUCAUUAUGGAUUCUGAAUUGAAUAAAUUACAUGAAAAAGUUCAACAAUUAGAAAAUCAACUUUCUUUAUUGUCUAAUACAACAUCAACAUCAUCAUCAUCAUCAUCAACAGUCACCACAGAAACUACGAUGAAUAGUUUUAUAAUUAGAGAUAAUUUAAAGUUUUUCUUUGAAAAUGAAUAUGAAAAUUAUGAAAUUCAAUUCAAUUUAGUUAAUAAAUGUUUGAAAAGAUUACCUGAUAAAUCAUAUUGUUUAAUAUUAAUUGAAAAAGUAUAUUAUACUUAUAAUCAAGAAUUUUAUUUAAUUGAUAAAAAUGAAAUUCAACCACUUAUAAAUAAUGUUCAUGAAUUAUCAUUACAAAUUUCAAAUCCAAAUUAUAUUCCUUCAAUAACUCAAAUUUCACUUUGUUAUUUUUUCAUUUUAAUUGCAUUUGGUGAACAAUUACUCAAUGUUAAUACUACAGAUACUGAUAAUGAAAAUAAAUAUCCUGGUUUAGAAUAUUAUCAAUAUGCUGAACAUUUAUUUCGAUUAACUAGACCAAAUAUGUGUAUUACUUUUAUUCAAUGUGGUUUAUUAUUAGGAUUAUAUUCAGCUAAUCUUGCUAGAUAUAAUACUGUUUAUAAUUUUUUUGGUAUUGCCACAAGAUCAGCGGUUUGUCAAGGUUAUCAUAGAAAUAAAGAAAUCUUGGAUAUUUCAAAUAAAUCAUCAUUAGAAAUUCAUAAUUUAAAAAUAAUUCAUGAAAAAAUGAAACGACUUUGGUGGACUAUAUUUGUUAUUGAUACUACUUGGAGUACUAAAUCAGUUCAUUUACAAUAUACUGAUACUGAUGUUAAUUUACCAUGUGAAGAUAUAUAUCCAUUAGAUGAUGAUGAAACUACUAAUAAUGAAGGAAUUAUUGAAUCUUUUGAUUUAAAUACAUUAGAAUUAAAUGUUCAUUUAACUAAAUAUGUGGCCAAAUUUAAUCGAUUAAUUUAUGGCCCAAAUAAUAGAACAUUUUCAAUUAAAUAUAUUAAUACUAAUCAAUUCAAUCAAAAACAAUUACUUGAAAACAUUUUGAAUUCAAAUAGUGAAUUAAUUGAUAAUUUUGAAAUUCCUUAUUUAUUACAAUUUAAAAAUUUGAAUUAUUUAAAUCAAUCAAGAAGAACAAUUGCAAAUUUAUUCUUACGUUAUCAUCAAUUAAUUAUUCUGAUUUCAAAACCAUUAUUAUCAGUAAUAAUAAGCAAUACCAACACAUCAUCACUAUCAUCAUCAUCAUCAUCAUCAUCAUCACUACCAACAGCAACAUCUAUUUCUAACAAUUCUUCAUUCAUUUUGGACAAUUUGAAUGCGAUAAAUAAAACUUUAUCAAAAAGUAUUUUCACAUCCUGCGCUACCAUUGAUAUAAUAUCAAGACUUUAUACAAAUAAUAAAAUUUUCAUAUUGGGAUAUUGGGACAGUCAACAUUUAUUUACUGCAAUAAUGAUGUUAAUAAUAGCAUAUGUAAACAACAGUGGUUGUAAUUGUGGUAUUGGUAUAACACCAAUGAUAAAUGAAGAUAAUUUAAUUUAUCCACCACAAUUAUUUAGAGGAAUUUCAUUAUUAAAAUUCAUGGCUAAUAUGGGAAAUAUAAAUGCAAAAUUGAAAAUGGAAAAACUUUAUCAAAUUAAUUCAUUAAUUCCAAAUCCAAUUGAUUUAAAUAAUUGUAAUAUUGAAAAUACUAUAUUUGAUUAUGUUGAUUAUUAUACAAAUCCUCCUUAUACUUCUCCCACCCCACCACCACCACCACCAAUAACAACACAAUCAUCAAAUAUUAUAGAACAAGAUGAUGGUUCAUUAGAAGUAUCUUCAAAUUUAAAUAAUCCAAUUAAUUCAAUUCCUUAUCUUCCUGAAAGUUAUACUUCUACAUUAAAAGGAUUUGAUAAAUUGACAAAUAACUUAUUCAAUCAGCAACAACAACAACAUCAUCAUCAUCAACAACAGCAAGAUAAUAAUAACAUCAAUUAUAGAGAUUUUUAUAUAUCAUUAAUUAAUCUUAUACAAUCAUGGGAUAACUAA